AGUUUUCGGAUCGAAAACCGGGAAACUAGAUCGCGAUACGAAAGAUGCGAAUCUUAUGGAUUGCCACAAUAGUGGCAGUGCUCUCCACAUACCAUGCGUCAGCAUCCAGUGAGAAGAGCAAAAGAGCGAUAGAAACAAAUGGAGGCUACAUCUAUGAACCGCCAAAUAAUAUAUUCACAUUGCCAACGCGAACACCGCCAAGGCCAACACAACCACCAGUUACUUCACGACCAGUAACUCCAGGAUAUCCAUCAUAUGAUAACCAAUAUACAUUGCCAACUCAACGGCCAACAUAUACACCACCCAGAACAGAGGGUCCUGGAACAAGGCCUACGGGUUAUACUUAUCCAAUACCACCACAGCCAACUAGGCCGCCGGGGCCUCCACCACGACCUAACACACCACCACCACCAUAUAGACCCCCGUCUCCACCUCAACCAACAUCACCACCGUACAGACCAUCGACUGGUUAUGAUUAUCCUGCACCAGUGCAACCUCCAACAUUAGCGCCCUAUAAACCACCGCCGCCGCCACCACGGCCUCCUUCACCCCCUCAACCACCAGCGCCUCCAGCACCGUUCCCAACUCAUCCACCACAAACCCCCAGACCUCCUUCUCCCCCAACAUAUAGACCUCCUGCUCCCCCAACAUAUGGACCUCCUUCUCCACCAACAUAUAGACCUCCUGCUCCCCCAACAUAUGGACCUCCUUCUCCCCCAACAUAUAGACCUCCUCCUCAACCACCACGACCUCCGCAACCAACAGUAGGUUACGAUUAUCCAGUACCUUCGAAGACGUUCCCACCUAGACCACCACAACCUCCGACUCCACCUCCUUAUAGGCCGACUCCACCGCAACCACAACCACCAAAAACCCCAGCGCCACCGCCACCUUUCCCUACUCAACCACCACAGACACCGCGACCACCUCAACCUCGACCACCAACCCCACCGCCAUAUCUACCGCCAUCUCCACCACAACCUCCAAGACCUCCAUCUCCACCACCGUAUGUUCCACCUUCACCUCCACAUCCACCACAGACACCACGACCACCUCAACCUCGUCCUCCAUCUCCGCCACCGUACGUACCGCCGUCUCCUCCGCAAACUCCAAGACCUGUACCAACGUAUAGGCCUCCUUCUCCACCUCAACCACCACAAACACCACGACCUCCUCAACCUCGUCCUCCAUCUCCGCCACCAUACGUACCGCCGUCUCCUCCGCAAACUCCAAGACCUCCAUCCCCACCACCUUAUGUUCCACCUUCACCCCCACAGCCACCACAAACUCCACGGCCUUAUUCACCUACAAGUAGACCACCAACAACGGGAUAUACUUAUCCGGCACCACCCCAGCCAACUAGGCCACCACCGCCUCAACCUAGACCUCCUUCUCCUCAACCACCACAAACACCACGACCUCCUCAACCUCGUCCUCCAUCUCCACCACCAUACCUACCGCCGUCUCCUCCGCAAACUCCAAGACCUGUACCACCGUAUAGGCCUCCUUCUCCACCUCAACCACCACAAACACCACGACCUCCUCAACCUCGUCCUCCAUCUCCGCCAUCAUACCUACCGCCGUCUCCUCCGCAAACUCCACAGCCUGUACCACCGUAUAGGCCUCCUGCUCCGCCUCAACCACCACAAACACCACGACCUCCUCAACCUCGUCCUCCAUCUCCGCCACCAUACGUACCGCCGUCUCCUCCGCAAACUCCAAGACCUCCACCAACGUAUGGGCCACCUUCCCCGCCUCAACCUCCUUACAGACCACCAUCUCCGCCACAAACUCCACGACCUCCUUCACCACCGCGUCCGCAUACCCCGCCAGAGUACCUACCACCUACUCCUCCUCAAUCACCAAGAACACCAGCUCCAAGACCACCAUUUGUACCGCCUACUCCUGGACCGUAUCAACCUCCAACACUUCCACCGUACGGGCCUCCGCAACCACCCCAACCGCCACGACCUCCGCAAACACCGUUCCCUCCCGGUCCUCCUACUAGACCACCUUACGUACCACCCCCACAACCACCGCAACCCCCAAGGCCUCCAUCGCCACCGCAAACACAGCCACCUUUUGGACCACCAAGUCGACCGUAUUUACCACCAACUCCUCCUACGAGACCACCAUACGUACCGCCUCCACAGCCACCAAGACCACCACAACCACCUCAGACUCCUCGACCAUUCCCACCACAACCAGUGAAAACUCCAGCACCUCCUGGACCCCCUAGCCGGCCGUAUGUUCCACCGCAACCAACUCCUCCAAUUCGGCCUCCGGUGACACCUUCUCCCCCAAGACCACCGACGCAGCCUAACACUUAUUUACCACCAGAUCGUCCAGGACCUACACCGCCACCAAGACCUACCCCAGGUUACCCGACUCCUCCACCAUUCUCUACUCCAAGACCUACCCCAGGUUAUCCGACUCCUCCACCAUUUUCUACUCCAAGACCCACUCCUGGUUAUCCUACUCCUCCACCAUUCUCCACUCCAAGGCCUACCCCCGGUUACCCAACUCCUCCACCAUUCUCGAGUCCAAGACCUACCCCUGGUCAUCCUACACCACCACCAUACUCUACGCCAAGACCUACCCCUGGUUACCCAUCACCUCAUACUCAACCCAACACAUACCUACCACCAGAUAGUUCGAAAGCUACGUUUCCCACGCGACCUACCCCUGGAUACUCUACAUUUCCUUCCCCUGUAACCCAAGGGCCUACUGUAACUAUCCCUCAUGCUUCUACGCAAACCCCUUACCAGCCAACAGGUGGCGUACCUGCUACUCGACCUCCACCCUACCUACCUCCCUCUACUGCUUCUGUGCCACGUACCACGGUCACACCCCCACCACCACCCACCCCAAUUUAUACCCUUGUACCAACAUCGACAGUCUACACCCCACCACCAACCGGUAAUCCCGCUCCUCCACCUACUUUGCCGCCAACUACCAACAGGCCUACCGGCUACUUCUAUCCGGUGCCAGAGAAUCCGUUUGAGUUACCGCCUUUCCUUCGAUGAAAAGGAGAACAAGCGAUCUAGAUGAACUGACAGUCGUAAACUACUUCUCUUCUCCUUUCUUUUGUAAUUUUUAUAUGUAUAGUAUAAGAGCUAUUUAUGUAUUGCUAUAAUAGAUGACGGUUCUGCUAAAUCAUUGAUAACGAAAUUGGCGAAAUGUGAAAGAUAAAGUAACUGUGUAAUUGCAACGAUGGUAAAUAUCGUAGUAAAUACAAAAGUAUGUGUUCAGUGAGUAAAGAUUGAAUUAGAAUCUUUCGACGAACUAUUAUUCUAAAAUUGCCUUCUGAUGAAUUACUGAAAAUUGGCAAGCUGCAAAAUAUUGCAUUUGUGGAACCUUUAUUAAGGAAUUAGUAAUACCGUGUUAAAUGCUGUACAGUUUGUUAUACAAUGAAA